AGAGAGGUCUCUGUUGGUUUACUCUCUAGAUGGCCGCAACAGCUGGAGCUGUGUUGAUCUGAAUCCGGAAGUCAAGAGCCUCCUCCGGGUCUCCCAUGCAGGUGCAGGGGGCCCAAGGACUUGGACCAUCUUCUACUGCUUUCCCAGGCUACAGCAAGAGCUGGAUAGGAAGUGGAGCAGCGGGGACCUGAACUGGCACCCAUGUGGGUUGCUGGCACUUCAGCCCAGGGCAUUAACCCGCUGCGCCACAGUGCCACCCCCCCCAACCAGUCUUUUUUAUUUUUUAUUUUUUGACAGGCAGAGUGGACAGUGAGAGAGAGAGACAGAGAGAAAGGUCUUCCUUUUGCCGUUGGUUUACCCUCCAAUGGCCGCCGCGGCUGGUGUGCUGCGGCCGGCACACCGCGCUGAUCAAUGGCAGGAGCCAGGAGCCAGGUGCUUUUCCUGGUCUCCCAUGGGGUGCAGGGCCCAAGGACUUGGGCCAUCCUCCACUGCACUCCUGGGCCACAGCAGAGAGCUGUCCUGGAAGAGGGACAACCGGGACAGAACCCGGCGCCCCGACCGGGACUAGAACCUGGUGUGCCGGCGCCGCAAGGUGGAGGAUUAGCCUAGUGAGCCACGGCGCUGGCCACCAUUCUCUUUUAAACUUAGGUAAUACAGCUCAUCAGUGGAUAAACUUUCUAAAGUUGUUCAAGGAAAACUUGGAAAUAGAACAAUAGAAGACAAUGAGGAUUGACAGCAGAUGCAGAGGAUAGCAUGGAAGUAAGUACACCAGGGGAGAAGAUGAGGAUAUUUAGAACAGCAGAAGAUAUGGGGCAGGUGUUUGGUAAGAGGCCCAUGGACCCAUAUCACCAUGCCUGGGUUUGAGUCCACUCUGUUGCUCCUGAUUGCAGCGUCCUGCUAAUACUGACCUUAGAAUACAGCGACGAUUUAUCAAGGGGUGGGUCCCUGCUACCUAUGUGGAAGAUCUAAAUUGAGUUCCUGCCUCUUAACUUUAGUUUGGCCCAGUCCUGGCCAUUUUGGGCAUUUGGGGAGUGGACUAGGAGAUGGGACAGCUCUCUGUUUAUGGCUGUUUUCUGCCUCUCAAAUGAAAGAUACUUGAAUUUCUUUUUUUUUUUUUUUUUAAGAUUUAUUUAUUUAUUUGAAAGUCAGAGAUACACAGAGAGGAGACACAGAAAGAGAGGUCUUCCAUCUGAUGGUUCACUCCCCAGUUGGCCACCACGGCCAGAGCUGUGCCGAUUCUAAGCCAGGAGCCAGGAGCUUCUUCCAGGUCUCUCACGUGGGUGCAGGGGCCCAAGGACUUGGACCAUCUUCUAAUGCUCUCCCAGGCCAUAGCAGAGAGCUGGAUUGGCAGUGGAGCAGCCGGGUCUUGAACUGGCACCCAUAUGGGAUGCCGGUGCUUCAGGCCAUGGCAUUAACUCACUGCGCCACAGCACCAGCCCCGUUACUUGAAUUUCUAAGCAACUUACAGAAAUCUAAGUCUUUGGUAUUAAAAAUGUGUAUUUUGAAGGGUUAUUCUCAUAGUUUUAAAAAAGAUUUAUUUUAUUUAGUUAUUUGAAAGACAAAGUUAGAGGUAGAGACAGAGAGAGAAAGGUCUUCCAUUCACUGGUUCACUCCCCAAAUGGCCACAAUGCCCGGAGCUAAGCUGAUCCUAAGCCAGGACCCAGGAGUCUACUCUGGGUCUCCCAUGUGGGUACAGGGGCCCAAAGACUUAAACCAUUUCUGCUGCUUUUGCAGGUGCAUCAGCAGGGAGCUUAAUUGGAAGUGGAGCAACCAGGACUCGAACUGGCGCCCAUAUAGGAUGCCAGCGCCGAAAGCCGGGGCUUUAACCUGCUGCACCACUACGCUGGCCCCAUUCUUACAUAGUUUUAAUAAAUUCCAGUGGGCUUAAAUCUAAGAGGUAGUAAGCGUAGUAGUCCUGUAUUUUGUAUGUCUCAGUCCCGUGUUAAUGAUAUUAGCUAGCAAAUUCAUUCAACAAGAGUGUGAGGAAUACCUUCUUGCCAGGUGUUGUCCCAGCAGUGACCGACAGGGACAAAACGUGCUCAAGUGCAACACAGCCGGUGAUGUGUUCCAGCUUCCGUGUGUUUAGAGUUGGGAUCUCUUUUGUCACGAUGUGCAUUUUUUACAAGUCAGCAGCAAAUUCUCUACCGGAACUGAGUCCUCAUGAGUAUUUCAGUACGUUGCAGCCAGGAAAAGCCUCUUUAGCUUAUUUUUGUCAAGCUGAUUCUCCAAGUACAUCUGUAUUUCUUGAAGGGCUACAUGAAGCUGUUAGACCACUCCAGGACUAUGGAAUUUCAGUUGCAAAGGUUAAUUGUAUCAAAGAAGAAACUUCAAGAUACUGUGGAAAAGACAAAGAUUUGAUGAAAGCAUAUUUAUUCAGGGGAAAUAUACUGCUCAGAGAAUUCCCUACGGACACCUUGUUUGAUGAGAAUGCCAUCGUUGCCCAUGUUCUCUUUGCUCUUCUUUUUAAUGAAGUUAAAUAUAUUACCACCCCGGAAGACCUUCAGAGUGCAGAAAAUGCUCUAAAAGGGAAAGCAAACAUUGUCUUCUCAUAUGUCAGAGCCAUUGGAACACCGGAGCACAGAGCAGUGAUGGAAGCUGCUUUUGUGUAUGGGACCACAUGCCAGUUUGUCUUAACCACAGAAAUUGCCCUUUUGGAAAGUAUUGGCUCUGAGGAAAUAGAAUAUGCACAUCUCUAUUUUUUUCAUUGUAAGCCAGUCUUGGAUUUGACUCAGGAAUGUAGAAGAAUACUAAUGGAACAGCCGUUGACUACACUGAACAUUGACCUGUUUAUUAAGACCAUGAAUGCACCUUUGUUGACAGAAGUGGCUGAAGAUCCUCAACAUGUUUCAACAGUUCAUUUCCAACUAGGCCUGCCACUGGUUUUCAUUGUUAGCCAACAAGCUACAUAUGAAGCUGAUAAAAGAACUGCAGAAUGGGUGGCUUGGCGUCUUCUGGGAAAAGCAGGAGUUCUACUCUUGUUAAGAGACUCUCUGGAAGCGAACAUUCCUCAACAUGCUAAUGUGGUCUUCAAAAGAGCAGAAAAGGGAGUACCCGUGGAAUUUUUAGUGUUACAUGAUGUUGACUCAAUAAUAUCACACGUGGAAAACAAUGUGCACAUAGAGGAAAAACAAGAAGAUGGAGAGGAUGAUGUGGAAGGCCCAGAUAUAGAUAUUCAGGAUGAUGAAGUAGCAGAAACUGUGUACAGAGAUAGGAAAAGACAGUUACCCUUGGAGCUGACAGUAGAACUAACAGAAGAGACGUUUAAUGCAACAGUAAUGGCUUCUGACAGCCUAGUGCUCUUCUAUGCUGGCUGGCAGGCAGUAUCCAUGGCGUUCCUGCAGUCCUAUAUUGAUGUGGCAGCUAAAUUGAAAGGCACAUCCACUAUGCUUCUUACCAGAAUAAACUGUGCAGACUGGACUGAUGUAUGUACUAAGCAAAAUGUUACUGAAUUUCCUGUUGUAAAGAUGUACAAGGAGGGUGAGAACCCAGUAUCUUAUGCUGGUAUGUUAGGAACUGAAGAUCUCCUAAAAUUUAUCCAGCUCAACAGAAUUUCAUAUCCAGUGAACAUAACAUCAAUACAAGAAGCAGAACAAUACUUACAUGGGGAAUUAUAUAAAGACCUGCUCUCCUAUUCUAGUGUGUCAGUGCUGGGACUAUUUAGUCCAACCAUGAUAACAGCAAAAGAAGACUUCAUUGAGGCAGGACGUGCCCUAAAAGGAUAUGUUAUCACUGGAGUUUAUUCUGGAGAAGAUGUUUUGAUUCUGUCAAAUAAAUAUGCUGUGACCCUUCCAGCCCUCCUGCUUGCCAGACACAAAGAAGGCAGAAUAGAGAGCAUCCCAUUAGCUAACACCCAUGCACACGAUAUAGUUCAACUAAUAACAGAUGCAUCGCUGGAAACAUUUCCAGAAAUCACUGUGGAAAAUCUUCCCUCUUAUUUAAGACUUCAGAAACCAUUACUCAUGCUGUUCAGCGAUGGCAGCAUAAAUCCACAGCAUGAAAAAGCAGUGUUGACAAUGGUAGAGCAGAAGCACUUGGAUUCACUUACUCCUUGCUGGUUAAAUCUAAAAAAUACUCCUGUUGGGAGAGGAAUCUUGAAGGCUUAUUUUGACACUCUGCCUCCUCUUCCUCUUCUUGUUGUGGUGAAUCUGCAUUCGGGUGGUCGAGUGUUUGCUUUUCCUUCAGACCAGGCAAUCACUGAACAAAACCUCUUAUCGUGGCUUAAGAAAUUAGAAGCAGGAUUAGAAAAUCCUAUCACCGUCUUGCCAGCUCAGGAUUGGAAACCCCCUCUCCCAGCUUACGAUUUCCUAAGUAUGAUGGAUGCUGCGACAUUGCAACAUCCCACUAGGAAAGCUCCUGAGUGUCCGAAAGACCCAGACGUGCCGGAGAGUGUUAAGGAACACCACGAAGAUAAAUCGGCCGUCGAGAGAGAACCGACCGAAACGUUGAGAAUAAAGCGCUGGAACAGAAGCAGCUGGUUUAAAGACGCGGAGGAAUCGCUGAGGCGCGACAAAGAGUUAUGAUGCGCACAAGUAAGCUCGUCUCGCAGGGCCCUGCUUCCCCCAGCCUUUGUCACAGUUGAUAGACCGAAGCACUUACUCCGUUAAAUACUACUACUAAAUCAUUGCGAGUUCCUCAACCAGUGCCGUGUUAAAACAAGUGUUUCCCAGCCAGAGAGCAGUUGUUCUCAGCAGGGACGUUGGACACUAUCGGGACAUUUUCACUGUCAUGACUGGGGUGCUGCUGAGUGCUCCCAGUGGACACCCCCUCCCCCUCACACAACAAAGAAUCACCAGUAAUGCCAAGGUUGAGCAGCCAACCCUGUGGCAGUGGGGCUUCCAGACUUUUCGGUUCUGCUCACUUACCACGUUUGGAAAAAAAAAAUCUUGCUGGAGAUAAACAUUAGUUGGUCUUACACUGAUUAUUAUCCAGGUACAAGUUUUGCUUCUUUUUAUUUGUACAUAUUUUUAAAAAUUAUUUUAAUUUUAAUUAGUUUUUAACAAAGUCCAUGUGAUUUGUAGAUACAAUUCUAAGAACAUAAUGGCAGUCCCUUCCUUCUGCCUCCCUCCGUUUUCUUACAAAUUCGUCCUUAUGAUAUUUUUCAAAAGGCGAAGACGUGAUCCCCAUAGAGGAUACAGCAAUGUGUGUAUUUUAAGGGAAUCCUGGAACCUGCUCUUCUUUGUGUAAGUUAAGUUACUGAAUUUCAGACUGGACAGGAAUUAAACUUUCUGCCAUCUCCUCUUGUCAAGAAGGCGCCCUCACCUGAGCCGUGCCUGAAAUCCACCCUCCUAAGCUUUGAAAAAAUCAGUUGGUCUCUGGGCAGUAUGGCCUUAUUUACGUAAUGAGAGUACAAGAUUAGUCAGAAACCUAAGUUUUCCUUCCAAAUCACCUUCUGCCUUGACUGACCUGUUUGCGGCCGUUGUCUCAUGUCGCUCUGUGCGUUUGUGGAAGCGUCAUUGAGAACGUCCUGGCUGGUGCUGAGCCCGCUCUUUCUCCGUGUGAUAUCUCUUGGGGGAAUCUUGUGCUGCAAACGUUUUCCAUGCAUGGUUUACCUAGUACAGUUGACUUUUGUAACUGGAAUGUAAAAGUCAUGAACAGCUUUAUUUCAAUAACUGCAUGUAACAUAGACAACCCCUCCUCAGUUUUUCCUUAUAGCAGGAACUGAAUUUAGUUUAUGCUUGCAUAUUUUUAUUUCUAACAUGGGUGAUAGGGAAAUGAACUCUAAAUAUGAGGGAUUUCAGGAUGUCUGUGGGAAGUAUGCAUUAUGAAAACCUGUGUGGAUUCCAAAUUUUUUUCUGCCAAAAUAAACUUUUUAAGAUUCCA